AUGGAAACUUGUAGUAGCUUCAAGGAUGGUUCGUCCGUUGCCUCUAGUCCGAUUUCGUCUCCAAAUAUAAGUACCCUUUUGAAAAUCAAAGUUCUUUCUUGGAGUAAAGAGACCGGUCUACCUGCAUCGGUACAUGUUCGAGUUUGCAACAAGAGUUUUAACCUUCACAAGACUCUCUUGUGUACAAAGAGCGGAUAUUUUAAGGAAAGAGAGGAUCAAAUAUCAGAGAUAGAGAUACCACAUGAUUUUCCUGGUGGAGCAGAGACCUUUGAGAAGAUUAUGCUUUUCAUCUAUGGCUGUCCAACUUUAAUACAUCCUUUCAACAUAGCUGGACUUAGAUGUGCAGCUCAGUUUCUUGAAAUGACAGAGCAACAUUCAACGGGUAACCUCUGCGAAAGAUUUGACUUAUACCUGAACCAAGUUGUCUUACAGAACUGGGAUGAUACAUUAGUUGUUCUGAAGAAAUGUCAAGAUCUAUUGCCUUGGUCUGAAGACUUACUAAUCGUAAGCCGGUGCAUAGAGUCUCUUGCUUUCACGUCGUGUAUGGAGAUUCUUGAUCCCGAAAGACGAAGAGAGAAGCCUGUGGUCAUGCUUGAAGGUUUGGUUAAUCAACCAUGGGAAUAUACAACCGUCGAGAUACUCAUAAACCAAGAUACUUGGAUCAAAGACCUCACAGAUCUUCCAUUUGAGUUUUUCAGACAGGUUAUUGGGUCGCUUAGAAGACAAGGAAUGAAAGAAAGAUAUGUAAGUCCAUUGAUUGUCUUUUACGCCAACAAAUGUUUUAUACCUGAAGAUCAAACUAAUACUGUUAUGCUUCAAAGAGCUCUGGAUUUGCUUCUUACAAGAGACAAGGCAUAUAGGUUUGUUCCUGUUGGGUUUUAUUUAGCGUGUCUCGCACACAAUCUGAAGCAUGAAACUGUAUUAAAGCUGCAAGAUCAGAUUGUAUCUCUUCUUCAUACUGCCCAUACCGAAAACUUUAUUUACCCGAGAGCCGGGAACGGGAACGUUUCUUUCAGUCAGGAGUUGCUUACUAUGGAAAACCUAUUUUCAGCAUAUGUAUCAACAAAAUCAGAACAUCAUCUGACUUCCUCCUCAAGCAACGUGAGAGUUGGGAAAUUGUGGGAUAUUUAUCUCUCUCGUUUACCUUAUAAUCAAGAUAUGGAAACUAAAAGGUUCAUUGAGCUCAUUGAGACAGUCCCAAUGUCAUUCAGAGAGAGUCAUGACCAACUCUACCUUGCAGUGAACGCAUUUCUACAGGUGCAUAAGGACAUAACUCAAGAAGAGAAAGGAUCAAUCUGUAGUUACCUAAAUUGCCAAAAACUUUCAGAAGAAACAUCCCUAGAACUUGUUCAAAACGAGACAAUGCCAUUACGUUUGGUUGUCCAAGCACUAUUUGUUCAACAGCUCAACACACACCAAGCUUUCAAAGACUGCUCUGACUCAUUCAGAUUCACAAACUCCGCAGACUUCUCUGGUAGUGUUGUUCCAAGCUCAAGACCCUUAACCUCCCAACACAGCCCUUGCACUGAUGAUGAAACCGGGCCAAGAAGCAGACCCUUAUGCUUCUUGAUGCAAAAAGAUGCAACAUUAGAUGAGUACGAGUCAACAAGCUUCAGAAUCCAUAACCUUGAAGAACAACUAGUUUCUUUAAAGAAGACCCUUCAGUCCCAUAGCAACACAAAGAAACCAACUUGCCUUGGGAAAAGAUCAGCGAGUCGAAACAAAAACACUUUUGGCCAAGUCACAACGGCUUGUAUUGGCUCUGUAAGCUUUACUUCACAGAGAAAAUAUGCAAAUAGGCUACUCCGGGUACUACGUAGAGUUAACUUGUUUGGAAGUAGAAAAACUAAUACAAGUGAAAAAUGA